AUUAACAGCUGCCUGGUUGCUAGACGACUCUGCUUGAAACACUGAUGUGAAAACAGUAACCUCCGCAUGGAAAGAAAGCGAAAUGUAAAGGGAUAUCUUUAUGUAUUGCUCAGCAGCUUCUGACGCCGCUUUAUCGCUGUAUUACAUUGGAAAUUCGCACUGAUUUAGAGGAAAAACCUGAGUUGAAGUUCAGCUAACGCCUCUUUUGUUGUUCCAUGUUUGUACUUAAGCUGCUAGCAGUGAAGAGGGACGACCUGGAGUCCGCUUUCUGACCUGGAAAAAUGAGAGGAUUACACAUGGUGGAAGUCAAGUUUGUCAACUUAACUUGACGUUUGUUUUCCAGUUAUGUUCAGUUCUACUGCUAAAAUGUCUGUGGAGGCGAGUGAUGUUCAGACAGAUGAGGACUGUGAAGAGCUGGUUGAAGAUGGCUUCUCCUUCUCUGCUGACUUUUUGGAGAAGAAAACCAGAAGGAGGAGAUCAAGCAAACCUCCCAUGUCUCCAAAGUCUCCAUACCUCUCCAGUCUGAAUAUGAACCCCAGGAGAGCAGCAGUGGUGGCCUGGAGACUUCCCAGGGCCUCUCUGGGAGAUACCAGAGGUGGGACUCCUGGAGAGAUGGGAUCAGCUCGUUUCACCUCCCUCAGCAACGGUCAUGAUUUAUCCCAGAUGAUUAGAUCAGAGUGUGAUGUCACACCAGAAGUUCUCAAACAGAAUGCAACCGCAAGAAAACAACACAAACAUCUCCACUCUGCAUCCAACGGUUUUACUUUUGGGACGGCUGACUGCAGGGACAAGCAGGACAUGUAUGAUGAGAUAAUUCGCCUCAAGAAGAGUCUUCAGGCACACAAGUCUGACAACCAGCAGAUGAAAGCCAAACUACGCCGCCUGGAGGAAGACAACGCUAGAAGAGAGAAACAGAUUGAGGAGCUGUUAGAUCCCACUAAGGGAUCUGAAUAUACUCGUAGUUUGGUGGAUAAGAAAAAAGAAGGAAGCGUGGUGCUCAAUGGCCUCAAACAGCGAAUACUGAAACUGGAGCAGCAGUGCCGUGAGAAAGAAAACGCCCUCAGUAAACUGCAGAGUGAGCUGAGGACCACUAACCUGGAGGAACUGAAGAUCACAGUAGAAACCUACUUUGAAGAGAUCCAGAGACUGAAGAUGCUUCUAGAAGCUGCGGAGAAAAGUAGUCGAGCUGAGAGUAAGUGCUCCCAGAGGCAGCAGAAAGCUUUAAGCUCCACAGUUUUGCGUCUGUCUGAGAGCCUCAAGCAGCUUCAACAGGAAAACGCAUCACUCAGAGAAGAACUCAACACUGACAGUCCUGCUGGAGGAAUUAAAGGUUACAGAGAGUGGAGUAAACAGAGGCUGUUGAGGAGGCUAUUGGAGCUGGAGAAGAAGCUGGAGGACGGCAGAAGACACGCCCAUUCACGAAAGAGCAGUGGGCGAUUGGAUAAGGAGGCCCAGACCACGACCACUGAGAUUCUAGAUGUUACACAGGGGUUUACCAUGGCAACAGAGGCAGUGGUCUCCGUGGGAACCAACACUGAAGAAGUGGAAGAGGUUUCUGCUCUCAGCAGCCGACUCAGCCAAUUGGAGAAAGAGGGGGAGGAACUACAGGAGACACUGUCAAAGAAAGAUGAGGAGAUGAAACGGCUGAGGACAGAACGAGACAAACUGGAGGAAGAGACGGAACAGUGGAAAGUUGAACAGACGAAUGAACGGGAUAGAGAGAGGCAGCAGCAUAAACAGGAGAUGGAGAAGUUGUGGGUGAGAAUCCAGACUCUGGAGGAAGGCAGAGACCAAACUGCGCAGACUGAGCAGCCUUCUCCUUCUCCUACAAUGUCAGAGAGUCAUGAAGACACUGAAGCCAGAGGAGGAGAUGUGGAGGAGGGAAAAGACAAGAGCAUUAAAGAGGAGGAGUUAAAAAAAGGGCAACAAGGAGAACAAGAUUUGGCUGCUGAUGCAGAGAAAAGGAGUGAAAACAGACAACAAAAAGAAAGAGAAAGAGCAGCGAGAAUUAUUCAGACAAACUGGAGAGAACACAGCAGCCGGGACAUUGUGAUGUUGCAGUCGACAUUAAGAGGCCACAUCCUCAGAGAGUCUCGGCUCAAGGACCUGCUGAAAGACAAACACAAUAAGGCAGCUGAAGGGCCGACCUGCACUGAUCAGGCCACUGAGGCAGAAGGUCUGCUGGAUGUGGCUGCUGUGACGAUGAUACAGUCUGCAUUCAGGGGACACCUGGCCCGCUGUGGUUUGGUAGUAGAGAGCUCAGAGCUCUCUGUGCCUCCUGCUGUGGGAGAACGUUUGCCAACACCAAGAAGACUUCACUCAACACACACACCCAGUCGGACAGGUGCUGCAAAAGGCCAUAAUGUUCUGGAAAAGCAAGAUGAAGAAGACACUCCUGUGCCUGUUUCUAGCACUAAGUCCAGAAGGACACCGACAGGCGAAACAGUCCUCCGGUAUCCGACCGAGUCUGGAGCUGCUGACGUCGACUCUGAUGAUUCAGACGACAUCAUUGUGUCUCCAUCACGGCCUCCGAGGAGGAGAGAAGUCCUGCUCUUAUAAACCAUGUAUGUUUUAGGGUUUUCAAUGAGUAUGAGACAAGGAGAAUUAAAAACAUCUGUCAAAGACUGCGUGUCAGGGGCCUAAACUAGGUUCUUACUGAACCUGUAUCUAAUAGCUGGACAAUUCCAAUUUUAGGUUUAUGAGGAAUAUACACUCUAUUUUCCAUCUGCUGUUCUCAUUGCUCUCAGUGAGUUUUCUACAGUAAUAACCUGAAUGUCAUGGGAAAGUCAGGUGCAGGAUCUGCUGAGACCUAAAUAACUCAGCUUGAUCUAUUCAGGAUAAUAUUAAAAUGUUUGAUUAAAUGUUUCCUGGUUCUUUGUCUGGGAUGUAGGAUCAUCCUGUUUUUGUGGUUUAAAGGUAUAAUUUGUAAUAUUACUACUUUAAAACAUUCAAAAAUUACCUAAAAUGGUCACCAAAGUGCAAAGAAAUUAGUUUUGAAAUGAAAAUAGAACGCAAACUGGGCACAUUUCCAUCAACUGGUUUGAAGCCAAUAAUCGUCUUAGAAGUUGGUGGUCAAGGCUAAGUGCACUGCAAAAAUCCAAAUCUUACCAAGUGUAUUUUUCUCAUUUCUAGUCAAGAUCUCUCAUUACACUUAAGCUAAGACAUAAUCACCUAAAGAGUAACUUUUCAG